AUGUUGCUUUUAAACCUUGGACUUUUUGUGGCUAUAAUUUGUGGCGCUCAAUCUGCAGACCUAAAGUUCGACUCCGGGAUAAAUAAAUGUAAGCUGGACAACCGUGAGAUCGACGAGGCUUCCGGACUCGCAGCCAGCCAAAUUCAUCCCGGGAUACUCUACAUGGAAAACGAUAAAGGCGAUACGAAUAGGAUCUUCGCUGUGGACACCACCAAUUGUCAUAUGGCUGCUAUGCUGACCAUUGCCGGUGUGGACAAUUAUGACUGGGAAGAUUUAGCUGUGGGACCCUGCGGAAGCAAUUCAUGCAUCUAUAUAGCUGAAACUGGUGACCACGCUGAAGAUGGUGCUAAGAACAUCAUCUACAGAGUGCGAGAACCAGCCAUCAUGAAAAACCAAACCCUCCAGUUGGACAGUCAGCUUCAUUUCAAGUGGGGUGAACCGGAUUGCGAAACGGUAAUGAUUACACCAAAUGAAGACGUUUACACCGUUUCUAAAGUUGUUGGUGGUCAUGGCAGAUUAGCCAAAUUCUCUCACACCGCAUGGGGAAGUGGGAAAACCGUCGCCGCCGAAGCUUCAGUAGUCCUCAACCAAUCAUCCAGUCAUCACGACCCCGUAGGAGGAGACAUUUCGCUGGAUGGCAAAGAGAUGCUCAUCAAAUACAAGCAGCAUGUGUACUAUUGGCACGUACCGGAUGGUGAUUAUAUCAAGGCUGUAACUAGUGUUCCUAUUGAGUUGCCAAUCAUUAAGGAAAAGAGGGGAGAGUCGGUGUGUUGGGACGCUCGGGGAAUAGACUAUUAUACCAUCAGUGAAGGGAAGUUGCCGGAUCUUCAUUACUUCAAGAGAACCUCGUCCAUAAUUGGAUGA